AUGAGACGUUCUUUUCAGCCUCCAUAAAAUAUUAAGGGCUAUUAAUACAGCAAUAAUCUUGGAGAAGGUGCAAACGGAAUUGUGUGCAAAUAUAUCAAAGAUGGAAAGUCUUUCACUUUUAAGAUGUAAAAAUCAAGUGGAUCUUGUGUUUCUCUCACAAAUGAAUCAGUAUUUCUUCGUAAAAUGCAAGAAUAUAAUAAAUAAGCAAAGUAAGGAGAGUAAUUUGGUCAAUUUCCUAGACUACCAUAAUGGUAUGGUGAUGGCCAAUUUAAGAUUGAAAAUAAAUUAGAGAAAGGUGAAUUUCAAUCUGCAAUAACAGUAUCUUACAUAAUUUUAGAAUAUUUCGAGUAAACUUUAGAUGAAUACUAUAAAUUAAAAGUUAAUCUACUUGGCAUUGAAGGCUAGAUAUAGAUGUUGGAAGAAGUUGUACAUUUAAUAUAAAAUCUUCACGCAUAUAAUUAUGUUCAUUGCGACAUUAAGCCAGACAAUUUUAUGGUAAAAAAAGAUGAAAAAAAUGAAAAUCAUAUAUACCUGAUAGAUUUCGGACCAACACAUCAAUUUAAAUAAGAGUAAUUUGAUGAUAAGUAAAAGAUUAUGCUUAAAGGUACUCCUCUCACAGCAUCUAUACAUACGAUUCAAGGCUUAUACUCUAGUCAAGGGGAUGACUUAAUUUCUGCUCUCUAUUCAUUACUAAUUUUAAGUCUUGGAUAGAAAAUUCCUUGGCAUGACCUUUGUAUAUAAUUUGAUUAAGCUGAUAGAAAACACAAAUUUUAUGAUUUGAUCUAUAAUGAAAAAGUGAAGUUACAGCCUGAUCCAAAAAUAUAUGGAAAGUUCGAAAAUGCUUUGAUUAGUCAAAUUAAAAAUCUCGAAAAUUUAAGAUUAGAGGAACCUCUAAAGUAUACAACAUAGAUUGACUAUGAUUAGAUAAUUAAUGAAGUGAAGCUAGAAUGA